GCGAAUGUAUUGAUCGGAUUUAGUCAUGAAAGCGAAAGCAUUGAUCGGAUUUCAUUGCUCUGUUAUUCCUCUUUCGUCGUUUUUCUCUCUGGCGUCAGUUCUCCUUGUCGAGUUUGAAAUUGUGUUCGGUCUACUGCUCCAUCCGUUUUCAGUUUUCUGCUCCGACAUAACGAUUCCAUGAAGUUCAAUAUAACAUGGUUUUUGCCCCUUUCACUGGCGUUGAUAAUCAUAAAAAGUGCAUUACUUUUGGUGUGGGUUUGUUGUUGAAAGAAGAUGUGGAAUCAUAUGCUUGGUUGUUUCGUUCUUUUUUGAAUGCAUUGGGUCGGGAACCAAAGUCAUGAAUCAUAACAGAUCAAGACCCAUCCAUGAAAAUUGCUAUUCCACAGAUCUUCACUACAUCAUGUCACAGAUUUUGCAUGUGGCAUAUUAUGGAGAAUGUGAGUUCGAAAGUUGGACUGGUUUUGAGUAAAGAUGCAUAUUUUAUGAAGGAAUUGAAUUGUAUUGUGUGGAGUCAUUAUUUGCAACCAUCUGAAUUUGAGAUGAGAUGGACUAAUUUGAUGAAAAAGUAUGACUUACUUGAUCACAGUUGGUUUUCACACAUGUUUGAGAUUAGGAGGUUGUGGAUUCCUGCUUAUUUUGGUGACCUUUUCAUGGCGGGUUUGCUUAGGACUACAUCACGUUCUGAAAGUGAAAACCAUUUUUUCUAUGAAUUCACGAAUCCAAACUUCACCUUGGUUGAGAUUUAUAUGCAGUUUGAGAGUGCAAUGGAAUCUCAAAGGCAUAGUCGUGCACAAUUGAUCAAAGUUUCUGGGUCCUCCAUUCCCGAGUACAAGACUCCAUUACAUAUUGAAAGAUAUGCUUCC